CAGCUGGAGGGAGGAGCCGCCGCUCACAGGUGCCAAGUGCUGGGCCGGGGCUGUGUGCAUUACUCCUGCAGCAUCUGGUGGAGCCGCACAGGGGGAGGAUGCACAUCUCAUGAAGCCUGAUCAGAAAGGGCAAAACACGUCAGCAUGGAAGUGUCGGAAUAUAAUCCUCACCGCCAGUCCUUGCUGGAUGCCAUCCAUCGCUUCAACACUGCCACAACAAUCAUGGACGAAACCAUCAUGGUUCCCAGUAUGUUGCAGGACAUAACUCUGGCCAAAGAGGAACAGGGGGACCGAGUCACGUCUACAGAGGUUCUGGAGAACAACAAUAAUCUCUACGAUUCCUACGUUCUCCUGAAAUCUCUAAGACACGACAUGAAGUGGGGGAUAAACCAGGAACACGAAACCCAGGUAGAGCACUGCCCUAACCAUGAGGCCCCAGAAGAGACGGGCGAUCUAGUAGACCAAUUCCAGCACCACUUACGAGGACUACUCUCGGUCCUGACAAAGCUGACCAAGAAGGCCAAUCUUCUGACCAACUGUUACAAGAAGGAGAUUGAGGUUGGCCACUCAAAUGCUGGACCAUACUCUAAUAACAUUUACUAUUGAGGAAUUUUGCCACGCUUGCUUCUUGAAUUGGGUCCUGAAGGGCCCAACCUAGGCCAUCUGUGCACAUCCAUGGAAUUAUUUUUUUUUUUUACAAUGACUCUUACAACUUUAAUUUUGUACUAGAAUAAAAUAAAAUGUGUCCUGAAGUCAUCCUGAAACCAAAGAGGUCCAAAUGAAUUUCUUAGCAGGCAGAUAGUUUCCAAUAAGAUGAUGCCAAUUGGUGACUUAAUCAUGCAGCUCCUGACGGCGGUAGUGUCCGUAUGAUUGUACUAUGUGGAUAUGUAAAGCUUGAUAAAUAUAGGUUUCUGGUAAACCUGUUUACUUGUUGGUGUCGGUCGUUGCCCCAUGAGCUGACUGUGUAUGUAGAUCAGCCACUCCAUUUUUGUAUUUUCCGCCUCUCACAAUGUUCCCUAAUGGUGUUGGAGAGAACACUGCCGUUAUCUAAAAAACAAAUGUAGGAGAUGUGAGUGACCUUGUGUAUGCAAUGUGUAUUUUGUUAUAUGAUUGAGACUCUGUAAUGAAAUUAAGCCUUUUCAGGCGUUCUUUAAACA